AUGACAAUGCCAGACUUUUGCGGGGUGGUCGCUGCCUUCGUUCUCUGUUCCCUCGUAUGGCACACGUGGUCGCAGCAAGUCAACACGUCGCCAGUGCAGGAUGCAGGCCCCUUUGGCAAGGACGCGACAGGCUACCUGUACGAUUUUCAGUCCGUCGAUCGUCUGUCGAUGAACGACGGGUCUUUGGACAAACGAGCGACGACACAGGAGGACUCCACGUUCCCGGACCGCCGGCAAGAGGAAGGUUGGUGGAACCUGUACCCAUUCGGAGAACGCUACUAUGACAUAGACAUGGUCGACAGGCCCUGGAAAGACUUGCAGAUUGAUCUGGACUUUUUCUUCCCGUUCUAUGGAUCCCGUUUCAACUACACGUUCUGCCGUUUCAUGAACCCAGGACUGUACCUGUCUGAGAGUCCUGCCAAUGACAUUUUCGGACCGCUGGUUAUUACCGCUUGCUUGUUGGUGACCACCUCGAAAUAA